CAACCUCUGACCUUUAUUCCUGUCUGCCAGGACGGAGACUUAAUUUUGUUUCAAAUCUCGUCUAUUACCAUAUUUUUGACAAGGAGAUACCAUCUGGUAACACGACCAGCCCAUGGCUUCCAUGGAGGAAGUUCAGCCAACCAGUGCCAGCUCGUCGGAAACGACUGCCGAGGGCACACUCAUCGCCAUGGAGGGGGGCGUCACCACCCAAGGGGAGAGUAUCAUUCACAUCGUGGCUCCUGCCAUGUCAGCAGCCUCGGGUUCAUCUGUUAGCAGCGGAAUUCCACUCUCCACUCUGGCCUUGGCUCCUGGCAACCUGACGAUACCCGUUUCCAUAGCACCACAGCCUACGACAACAGUGACUCCGAACGGUACACAAGUUAUUGUGUCGACGAUAGCACCUGCGGAUCUGGCCGCGAGACUGAAGGAAGGGACGAUGUCUGGAGCCCAGGUGGUGCAGGUUCCUGCAGCCGCUUUGUCAUCGGUGGACUGGGCUGCAAAACUCAAGGAACUGCAGCACGCUCAGCGAUUAGAGCGACUGAGAGAGGAACAACAGGCGGUGCGCGAGAAGAUGACCCAGAAACAGCAGUUUGAACAGAAGUAUGAGCCAUGUUGUGUGUGUGGCGAUCGGGCAUCAGGUCGCCAUUAUGGUGCAAUAAGCUGCGAGGGCUGUAAAGGUUUUUUCAAGCGCAGUAUUAGAAAACAGCUGGGGUAUGCGUGUCGAGGAAACAAGGACUGUCCUGUGACCAAGUUGCACCGUAACCGCUGUCAGUACUGUCGACUCCAGAAGUGUCUCAAUGUUGGUAUGCGAUCUGAGUCAUUCAUCGAUAAAUCCCCGAAAUAUGAAGAUUACCCAGUAGGAACAGGUUUUAAUGUUUCUGGUUUGUGUGUAGCUGUUCAGCAAGAAAGAAAACCCUCUGAUCAGAAAGAAAAGAUGGCGGCUACAGUGGCGACGUCGACACAGAGGAUUUACAUCCGUAAAGACUUCAACAGCCCUUCGGCAGCCAUACCGACAUUUGCAGGAAGGGAUGAUGCACAACAGCCUGUUUUUCAGGUGAGCACCGAAGACGUGAAGCCAGGAACCAGUCUACUGUCGAACCUGCAGGAGCGAGUCAUUCAGACUGACCAGGGCCUGGUGGUCCUCGGAUCGCAGAUGUCCAGUGUCACGACUGCCAACACAGAUCUGAGUACCCUGGCCAACGUUGUGACGACGUUGGCAACGAUGGGCAACAACGAUGGAGACCAGAGCAACCCGUGCAGCAAUCCUGUGACGCCGUCAAAUGGAGACCAGGAUGUGGAAAGCUCAGACUCCGUUGCCAAAGCCUUCGAUACACUAGCAAAAGCUGUGCAACCACAGCAGACUGGCAGUAGUUUUGAUCAAUCUGGAGUUUCUGAAACGAGUUUGAACGAUUCGAACGUCAGCUCUGAUUCACCAGAUAACUCUUUUAUUAUUGAUAUCGAUGGUCCACUGUUAACGGAAUCGAACUUUCAGUUCAACUUGACGACGCCAGCUCCGAUGCCAGCAUAUCUGAAUGUUCACUACAUCUGUGAGAGUGCCUCACGCCUUCUCUUUCUCUCCAUGCACUGGACACGGUCUAUUGCUGCAUUCCAGAUGUUGAGUCCUGAAAUGCAGACGACUCUGGUGAGGUCAUGUUGGAGUGAACUCUUCACUCUUGGGCUGUCACAGUGUUCAACAACAAUGUGUUUGCCCACAAUCCUCGCAGCCAUAUUAAAUCAUCUCCAGUCAAGUCUUCUUCAAGAGAAAUCUGACCAAGACAAAGUUAAGGGAGUCAUAGAGCACAUCAUUCGACUUCAAGACUACAUCGUGUCGAUGCAGCAGCUGCAAGUGACGCAAGCAGAGUACGCCUAUCUCAAGCUGCUCGUUCUUUUUUACUCAGACAACCCAAACCUUGUUUAUAAAAAGCAGGCAGAAAAACUGCAGGAGAAAGCUGGUAAAGAGUUCGUACAGCACCUGAAUGAGCACAGUGAACUAAACUCUAGUCGGAUCUCAGAGCUCAUGCUGCGCCUUCCGCCCCUCAAAACAUUUAGCCCCAACACCAUGGAGGAGUUGUUUUUCUCGGGUCUGAUUGGCAGUGUUCAGAUAGACAGCAUCAUCCCUUACAUUCUACGCAUGGAGACGGCCGAGUACAACUUACAGAUGACCGGACAGAGCCUCCUGUCGACGACACCCCAGCACUCGUCCGACUAUCACGUGACUGUGAACGGCAUCCCCCCGCACACCGGGCCUUUAGCCGGAUUCACAGCACAGACUUUGAACGGGUCGUCGGUACAGACAGUCGUGUCCAGUCAGACAUCGAUGACUGGUUGACAAAGCUACGUUAAAAUCAAAGGUGUUAUUACUUCUCGUUCAGUGAUGGGUUUUUUUUUCUCCAAAUGUGAUCAUCAUUUUUUGUUUGUGUAUAAGGUGCAUUUUUAUCAGUUGACUAUGAUGACAAUACCAAAAAGUGCUUGAUCCCCCCCUCCCCUCCUUGGAAUCAUGUUCAGAAAUUUUAGUGUUACGUGAUGGACCUUUUAAGAUUCUUCCAGUUUUCAAGUGUUUGUGAAAGAAAUAAAACACGGAUAUGGGGAGCUGUUCUUUCGGAAGCUGGUGGUGUUUUUCUUUGUGUGUGUAAAUUACAUAUAUUUGUGUUACUGCAUAUAUCAUGAUUCAAGCAGAUAGUUUGCCACAUAUUGAUGCUGGUUUUGUGGUUUUUGUUAACUAACAACUAAAAAUUAAAAACACUACUUUUGAAGUUUGUACACCUUAAAUGUAGAAAUGACAAAAUUAAGAAACAAAACACAAAUUACUGGAUGAUAUAGAUUGGUAAACUGUGCUUACUUAAAAAUGUUCCGACAGCGUGAUGUUAUGAUCUUAAACUGCCACUUUGGAUGAUGAACGAUUUGAAACUCGUUCAUGAAGACUGACACCUACAAUUGUUGCACUGGAACAAGACAUCAACCAGACAUUUGUUUUAAAAUACAGCAUAAUAUAUUUUCUUUUGGUAAAAUAUUUUGAAUUAAGAUUUUGCACCCCAUCUGUGAAGUUAAUUCAUGUUUUCCACACUGUCGGAUAUGAAUCGAAGUUCAGUUUGUCAAAAAUCUUUUAUAAUAUAUUUAACUAUUUAGAACUCUCAACUUGUUCAGUCGUAAAUUUGUUUCACUAUAGAGAAUUUAAAUACGACAAAAUUAUUUUUAAAAUAAAAAAUGACAUGGUCAUUAUGCAGCAUAUAGCUUUGGAUCACCGUUUGGAAUAAUGGCCUAUCCACAGCUCUAGCAAAGUAUCACAAAUAUUAGUAAACAAAAAAUUACUGACACUACUUAAACUUGUAAAAUUAUUAUUUGCACUAGUAUCAUGAUAACAAGGUGAGUUUGAUUCAAUAAAAUUAAAUUAAAGUAUACAUUUACACCUUGAAAUUAAUUAAAUACCACCUGAAUUGUACUGAACUGCAAGUAGUUGUCCAUGCCAUUGGGUUUUAAACCAGGUAUUGAGACCUUUUACGUAUUCUGUAUCCACUGAGUACAUAUGUAUUUACAGAGAUGGUGUAAAUAAAUUACUUACGAGAUGCACAUCAGUGUGAUUUUAGCUCCUUGGGUAAUUACCAUACAUUUUCAUAGUUAAUUACCAUCCAUUUUCAUAGUUAAUUACAUUACAUCCAUUUUCAUAGUUAAUUACAUUACAUCCAUUUUCAUAGUUGAUUACCAUCCAUUUACUGUUUCUAUCAAUUUUCUUACAUUACAUUCAGUAUGAUACUUCAGUCUGUCUUUUUAAAUAUCUUUUGAAUAAAAAGGACAGGGCGCCAUUCCAUGAAGCAGUCUUAGUGCUAAGAUCACUUUAUUGCUAACAUUGCCCAGAAUUUUAAUUUCAGUGUUUUGCAUCCAGGAAAUGGUCACAACUACUUGCAAGGUAUAAGUGAAAUGGUCCAAACUUGGAUACUCGUGGUAAAUUAAUUUCCAGGUGUAUAUAUGUAUAUAUUAAUAUAUUCCUGGGUUACAAGCAUCUUCUAAAGCAUAAAACCUUUUUAAAGUGAGAGUUAAAUACAUGUUGCCUUCAGAUAGUGGACAUGAAGCUUCCAGAUAUAGUAAUGAUAUUCAGUUCAACUGAUAUUUCAUAAGAUUGUUUGUCGCCAGUGAAAUGGCAGAGAUAGAUUAUCUGUGUAUAAUAUAUUUUAAUUCUAUUUGUGUGGUUAACUCCAAGAGCACAUUAAAUUCAUAACAAAUAUAUAAUCUGUGAUUCAUUGUUUUUCUGUUGUAUUUUGUAUAAUUUUAUUUAUCAUCUGACAAAUGGAUGCCUGUGACAUUUUACCAACAUUUGUACAUUUUCAUGUAUUGUUUUUUUUGGAAAACUAAAUUCUGUCAAAGGGUGCAACACUCAGUAUUGUUUUGUAUAUAGAUUAUUUUAUUGGCAGAUUUGUCGUAGGCAUGGUUUUAUUUUUACUGCAAAAUGAUUGGUAACAUGGUAAGAUUGUCUGUUUUUAAUAAACAUGUCUGACCUCAUUAACAUCAGUCAAGUUAGUUAACAAAAAACUGUCCUUGCAAAAUCCAUGUUAACCUAAAAUGCAAUUUUUUUGGUAUUGAGCCAUGUUAAGUUUUGAUUUUGUUCAUGAGCUGACACUGACUGAAGUCUAGAUUACAUUAUACGAUGCGACUCAACUGGACAAUCAUGACUCAUUUACACUAUAACAAACUUUGAAAGUGACUGAACAUGUUCGAUUGAGUUAAAUGCCAUGUGGUCUGGCUUUUCAGUACCGGUACACACUACACAGCGUGACUGCUCGACAAUGGGAGUUGUGUUGCAUCGUAUAAGGUGAUCUAGGCUUAAAACACAGAUAUAACUAUGUUGAGGAAACUGCUCAAAUGUGUUAAACCACAUAUAAUUCAUAGAAAGUUAUUUAUUUAUAUAUAUAAUGUGUUACGGUCUUUGUUUAUUCUGUUAGUGUUCUUUCCCUUGACAAAUAAUUAUUCAAAUUGCACGAAACAUUACUUAGUUUCAUGAUCUUAACAGGUCAGUUUUGGUAUUAUUUUCAUAAGUACAGUGAGUCUUCUCUAAACUGUAUUCCAACGUAAUCAUUCUAGCUGAAAUGAGUACAAAUGAUAAUAAACACUGUUGUUAUCUGAACUAAAGUGAAAGAGGUCAUAUCCCUGGAAACAACUUAUUUCUAAAAUGUCAUGAAUUGAACUUAUAUUGUGUAAAUUGGUCUUCAUCAUGAAAAAUAUCAAGAUGGUCCAAGGAUCACUCUCCUGAAGUGGAGUUAGGUAAGACAUCACAUGGAGUUGUAGAACAGGACUUCUAGCAUUUUUAUAAAAUCCACUAGCCAUGGGAUCGGUGAUUUUAAAAUGUUACUAGCCACAAUUAAAAAUUCACUAGCCCUACUUUACUUAAGUUGAUACAAUUUUACUAAAUAAUAGUAAUAAUCGGGUAUUUAACCUAAAGAAGAAGAUGGAGCUUAACAACACUAACAUUGGGGGGUUGGGGGGGGGGGGGGGGGGCAGGAUAUUCGUAUUUACAAAAUAGACUUGACUGCAAUAUUUGUUUUUUUCACUAGCCAUUGGGCAUGGCAAUAGUAGUUAUUUACUAGCCAAGCAUUGAAUAUCACUAGUCAUGGGAGUGGGGCUAACAUAAUCUAGAAGCCCUGCAUAGAAACAGUUUGUUACAAUUUUUAUUGCCAGAUGAUCCAUUUUUGGAUCUCGAAAAUGUUUUCCAUGUGAGUGGAGUAGAUUGAAAAUGAAACCCAUAUCUGUUGAGACAAGUCAUACAAAUAUAGUUCAUUACUUUGCCUGUAUCUCCCAGGUGAAUGUUCUUCAACUUGCUAUAUGCACAAAAAUAAAUGAAUGAAUUGAAUACACCUGUCACAUUAGUUAGUGUUUUCUUUCAGUAGCAAAGCAUCUUUUAUAUACAUUUGUCUCUUGCCUUUGAUGUACCAUUUAUAAAGCACCGAAAACAAAUAUUACAAUAAGGAAUUAUUUCUCUGAUCUCUCAUAGCUCAGUUGGUUACUGAAAACAAUUAGAUGACCCUAUUUCUAAACUUGUCAGUCUGUAUGUCUGUCUGUAUUUCCUCUUAUGUGUUCAGUCUCUGACCCAUGUCGCUAGUCUAAGUGAUCGCAGGAAAUACGGGAGCAUAAUUGUAAGCUCCUCUUAACUGUGCUAGAAAUAACACUGAAAACUCCCAUGUGGCUGUGAACAGCCCACAGCUAAAGCUGAUGAAAAAUCACACUUGUGAGGCAAGGAUGGCCACAAGAGACAAGCAUGUCAUGGCUAGAAAGAUGAGGACAGUGAUGUGGAGAUGGACAGCAAAGGAGGUUCAUACUUGAAAGAUAGAAGCUGCCAGAUGAGUAAGAAAUUAGAUGGAAUUCAAAGGAGUGAGAGAAGUGGGAUAAAACAAUUUUUUUACCAAAAACAUCACUGGAUUACCUUUUUGUACAUUGUUAAUCUGAUAACACAACCUAUGGAUGGCAUGGGGAAAUUUUUGAAGGUACAAAAUGCACCAAAACUCUGUCAUUGGCUGUUGGUUAUCUUGCGAAGUGUUAAAACAUUUGACUGUUUCCAGAAGAAAAAUCAAACUGUUUCAAAUAUUUAGGGCCAAGUUUACAAAGCCUGUUUUUUUCUUAAAUGCAGGUGUUUAAGCAUUGUAAGUGUAUGUAGUUACACGUGUAAUUCUAAAACAGGCUUUGUAAAUUGGCACUUGAUGCAGUUUAAUCAAAUGAGGAGUGCAAUAUUUCACACGCCUCGUUUUGAAUUUAGGAGGACACCCCUCGGAAACUAAAAUUUGUUUCAGUAUUGUGAAAUUGAAUGGUUAUUUGUCAAGUUAAAGUAUUUAAGUUAUAUGUUAAGAAUCUCUGAUUUGAGGACAUUGUCUGUGAAAUACCUCGGUUGUAGAUACGUGAUUUUAAAGCAUAAAAUCGUUCAUUGUCCAUGUUCGUUUUAAUGACCGUGUAUAUUAUCAUCUUCCAUAUGACACAUGCACACAUUUGCACCAUCUUCCAUCUCAUAUGUAACAAUGUCAGAUAUUUUAUUUCAUUCAAUUAAUUUUACUACUUAAAUGAACACUCAUGUUUUGGUGGUAUGAUUUAUGGGUUGAAACUUGUCUGUAAAUGUUACAGGCAUACUUUGAAAUGAUAUCUAAGGGUGAGAUUUAGUUCAGUCAGUAGAGUGCUAACCUUAGAUGCUUGGAACCCUUGCUAUAUUUUUUUUAUCAACAACAAUAGAUCUUUUAUAUGCACUUUCCAACAGACAGGACAGCACAUACCAUUGUCUUUGAUAUACACGUCAUGGGGCACUGAUUGGAAUGUGAAAAAACAAGGGAUAAAUUAUGCACUUUUCCACAGACAGGACAGCACAUACCAUUGCCAUUGAUAUACAAGUCAUGGGGAACUGACUGGAAUGUGAAAAAACCAAACAAUUUUAUAGAUAAUACAGUAGUAAUAACCAAAUAAACAAUUUUUAUUUUCACAUCUCUGUUAGAUAAUACAGUAGUAAUGACCUCAUAGAUUGCUGAUUAGGAAAGAUAAAGGGGAGGGAUAUUUUUAAUGACACCACACCAAUUAGUGAAGAAUGCAUAACAUUAACACAAGUUUUAAUCUUUUGAAAUAAUUUUCAUAACAUGGGUGUUCCUUAAAUUCUUUUUGAGUGGUAGGUAUUUGGUGCAAGGCCAUUUUCCUCUGCCUGUUCAUGUAUAUUUGUUACUGAGAACUGUUGAUGACAUGGAUUUGAGGAUAACAGUUAUAUUGGUGUUAGCUUGUAAAGUGCUCCUGUAGAACAUGCAGAAUUAUGUCUAUUUAAAAUUUACUAGUUUCAAUGUAAUGUGAUAAGGACAACCCAAUUAAAAUUUUCCAAAAAGAAGCAUUUGAAUAUAUUUGGAGUGGGUGGUUCCUCUGUCCCCCUCCUUGUAUCCACGUCUGCAUAUAUGCGCUGUCAAUCAUGAAAUAACUUUUUCUUCUUUUUUUCAGACUGAAUCAAAAUUCAGGCAGUCGGCAAAGUUGUAAUACUUUUUAAUGAAUUGCAUACUAAAAGUAGUAAUGCUUAAAUCUAGCAUUAAAUUAUAUUUUGUAAUUUUAUGUAUUCAAAAUACAUACAUUCAUGCAACUUCAUGAACAUUUUUAUUUCAGAAACAUGGGUCCAUUAUCAAUACAUUUGGUCAUAUCAUAUAGAUGUGUAUAUAAGGUUGGAUAUACUUGACUUGACAAAACAGACAAAAUUAAUAAAUGUAUGGUGGAAACUGAAUUGUCUUUCUUACUUUUCGGUGUCAUUAUAAUUCAUUGAUCUAAAUCACUGCUUAUUAUUAGCAGUCUCAUUGUUACAGAUACUACAGAACUUGUCCUAGAGGUGAUGGCUGUUACAAUUAUUAUUUAUGGCCAAUACAGAUUAUAUCACAUGCAGACACACAUUGUCAUACACACACACACACCAAAGCUUAAAAUAACAACCUGGAAAAAUUCCAGGCUAUUUUUCAUGAAACAUAUCCACACAUACACACAUACUUGCAUGUACAUACACACAAUCCCUGUUAUGUUAUUAUUACUAAUAAUUCCAGUUACCUAGCCAUUAAGCCUUGAGGCUGACAGGUACUGGGGUUCACAUCUUGGUACGGGCUCUCGCCCAGAGUGACUUGUAAUGACUCAAUGUGGAGGUUUAAGGCCACUACACUGACUUCUUUCUCACAAACAUCUAAAAAUAAUUAUUAACCCACUGCCCUGGACAGACUGCUCAGAUAGCUGAGGUUUGCCCAUGACGGUGUGCUUUAAUCUUAAUUGGAUACAAGCACUAAAAUCUAUUUAAAAUGCAGGAAAUGAAUGUGCCUGUAAAAUAUCUGACAGCAUUUGUAGUGUGGUCAAAUAAAGAAUUGAUCAGAAAUUAAUUGUAUUCAAGCUCUAUUUAGUAUCAUUGGAAGUGCAAUUUCAUAGCAGUAGAUCGUACUGAAAGGGUUGAUCUUCCUUAUAUGUUGGUGUUAAUCUCUUUUCAGUAGUCUAAAAUUAACUUAAUGGUUAUAAACCUAAAACAUUACUGUGAAUUUGCUUCUUUCUUUUUUUCUGCCAUGGACAUGAACAUAGAACUUGUAUAUACCACUGACUGCAUUACAAAUGUAUGCCUUGAGUAAGUUGUGUAAUUUAAUACAUACUCAUAUUAUUUGCAGUAUGUUGUGCUGUUACCCAAAUGUUGUCUGCUGUUGUUAAAUAAACUGCUUCACCGUCCUU